AUGUCAUCUCUAAAAUACUACUCUCGACCUGGCCGAGGCCAGCUUUUCCAAGAAAAAUAUGGCUUCAGCGAGGCUGUCAUUAUCGGAGACCGCAUGGAGCUUGCCGGCCAAACCGGCAUGGGCCCCGAAACAAUGAAAGUGCCGCCCACGCUCGAGGAAGAAGUCGCCCAGGCCUUCUCCAACAUCAACGCGGUGAUUGUGUACGCCCUUGAGAACGCGAAACAUCCUGCACACUCCCCCGACAAGACCGGCUGGGACCGCGUAGUCAAACUCCGAACUUACCACGUCAAUCUGCCGGAGACGCGCGACAAGAUCAUCGAGCUGAUGGUGCAGCAUGUCAAGAAGUGGUGCCCCAACCAUACGCCUACCUGGACCAUGCUAGGCGUGCAGUCGCUGCCAUUUCCGGAGCAGAAUCUGGAAAUCGAGGUGGAUGUGUAUUUGGGAUAA